CUUUUAUGUGAUUUGAUUUCCAGUCAGAAAACCCCGGACGUAUAGGCUACGCCCGUGGUAGACUGUGACAAGAUGCAGACCAUCAAGUGUGUGGUGGUGGGUGACGGUGCCGUGGGGAAGACCUGCCUUUUGAUCUCUUACACAACCAACAAGUUCCCUUCCGAAUAUGUCCCCACGGUGUUUGAUAACUAUGCAGUGACAGUGAUGAUUGGAGGAGAGCCCUACACCCUGGGUCUGUUUGACACAGCAGGUCAGGAGGACUAUGACAGGCUGCGUCCUCUCAGCUACCCACAGACCGACGUCUUCCUGGUGUGCUUUUCCGUCGUGUCCCCCUCCUCGUUCGAGAAUGUCCGUGAGAAGUGGGUCCCGGAGAUCUCUCAUCACUGUCCCCGCACCCCCUUCCUGCUGGUGGGCACCCAGAUGGACCUGAGGGACGACAGCAACACGGUGGAGAAGCUGGCCAAGAACAAGCAGAGGCCCCUGGCCCCUGAGAGUGGGGACAAGCUGGCUCGGGACCUGCGUGCCGUCAAAUACGUGGAGUGCUCUGCCCUCACCCAGAGAGGUCUGAAGAACGUGUUUGACGAGGCUAUCCUGGCGGCCCUCGAGCCUCCUGAGACUAAGCCCAAGAAGCGCUGCAUGCUGUUAUAGAGCCGAGGAGAGAGGCGAGGGCGGGCCACGUGGGCAUAGGGACAGACCGAGAGAUCUGGGAAGAGGGAGGGAGGGAGGGUGGGUGGGAGCAAAAGAGGACGAGCGAGACACUCGUUUAAAUAGUGCCUUCAGUGGAUGACAGAGGGGAUAUGUGGUUUUAGGUGUGAGGGGUUGACAACGAGCAAUGUCUAGAUACAGACAGACCUGGUGUGUGCUCCCUGCAUCGCUGGCUUCAGUAACACAGCUGAUCAAAUCUCUGUACCAGUACCUAGAAGAAGAGACUUUAGCAAUAGUAACGAGAUGUCCAUAUUCUCUGUUGCCUUAAAAGUUACACACACACACAAAAGUUUCGAGAGAUUUCGGGAGGAAUAGUGCAGAGUUGCGUGCUUAUUUUCUGUUUGAUAAAUCCUUAACUGACUGGAGAGAAAGUGCUUCAACCAACACAGUCUAAACACACAUACACACACACACCCACCCUCUCACACUUUCAGACUAGUGCUAUUUCUGCUGCACAUCUGUCCUAGUUGACACCACCAACAUUGCAGCCUCCAGUACCUGCUUCUGAGAGGCAAUCUUAUAUUUCUGCUGAGAUCAACAACUCUUCUUCUCCUGUUUGCCUUUGCCUUUACUCCACUGGAACCUCAAGUGCUUUUAACUUCCUCUUGGUUGACUGCUGCCCCCUUCAGACGUUAACAUGAACUGAGUUUUCCACUUUUGGCCUUUUCUUUUGGAGAUUAUAGUGUAUUAAUGAUUAUAUUAUGAGUAUUAUAUUUUUCCUUACUCUUUGUUUUGGAGGGGAUGUUGCAGUGGUAAGCUGUUUUGGCAUUUGAGGUUUCUUUUUUUUUUUUUAUAUAUUUUUUUAUUAUUAUUUGAUGGAUGUGUGCCAAUGGUCUCAGCGUCAUUUGGUCUGGUUUCAUUUGACAUAACAAUCAUGAAAUGCCUCGUAAUACCUACUACCGUGCUGGUAGUGAUCAGUAGUAAUAACAGCAAAAGCAAUAACGGUUGACAAAUAACAAACAUAGCUCUGUCAGAACUGCCUCAUACGAUUGUUGUUGAAUCAGGGGUGAUUUGAAAUAAUAAAAAAAAGUACUUGAACCUC